AUGGAACCAGACCAUUCCAACCAUCCCCGAUCGCGAAAAACCAAAGAACAUUGCCUUCCUGCUUAUCUGAAAUGGCGCCAUCUUGUCUCAUCUGUUGGCGAUCGUCGAUUACCAAUCUUUCUUUCUUUUCUUUUACGCGUUAUCACGUUAACGGACUCUGUUAUCUCUUUUAAUAACUCCAAAAGAAUCACAAAUACUCUUUCUGCUAUCUGUAAAACCGUUUCUCAUCUUUCAAAAACCAAAGUUAAUCCGACCCAUUAUAAACAGAUACUUUGGAUUUUUGGUGAUGUCUAUAAAUAUAAGCCUUCCUGUAUUCAGCCUAGUAAUGAACUAAUCAUUGAACAAGUUCCAUUGGAGAAUCGGUUCAUGACCUGUGAGAAGAGAGCUUUAGAUUGGGCUCGGAAAGAGUAUACGGGUGAAGAUCUUAGUUCUUUAGCCGAUCCCUUAGCCGAUCCGGCUAAACUGCAAGCAAUCGAUGAACUCAUCCUGGCUGAUAAGACGUUUCGGCAGCACCAAGCACCCAAUGAACUUGGAUCUCUUCUCCCAGGCACACCUCCCCUCCAGGCCAUUACUCUUUCCGAGUCCGCCCCAAAUCCACCUCCUCCUAACUCAAGUACUAUACCAUCUACACUAUCUACAUCAUCUAUAUCAUCUACCCAUCCUCCUUGUCCCACUCAACCCAAUCCACGCGCACUUUCAAUUCUGGAUCGAAUUAAACAAAGAGAACAAGCACGUAAAGAUGAGUUUAUUCGGAUGGAACAGGCUAAAGAUACUGAGAUAAGAAAGGCAUUUCAUACUAUCUAUCUACUGGCACUUUCAGAGAACAAGCGGUCUUUUGAAAAGUCCGUUUUAGAAAAGAGGAUACCUCUGUUUCGCCAGGGAAGUAUCAGCCUGGACGAUGUAAUUACCCAUCCAGACCAUCAGAAGCAUAUCAAGCACAAACAGUUUGACAAUCAAACCUUUCUAGUUUUUGAUUUUGACAAAUAUCAUCAAAAUUCACAACCAUAG